CUCACCCACUCCCGAUCUGAUGUAUGUAGCCCGAAUCACGCCACAAGGGGGCUCGUCCCCGUCCCCCUAUAUAUACCCCUUUCUCCCCCCCACUUUUCUCCCGUCCCCUUCGCCUCCCAUUCCUCCGCUCCAUCAUUCCAUUUCCAGACUUUCUCUCAAGCAGAUCGACAGAAAUGGAAACUUUCUUGUUCACAUCCGAAUCUGUUAACGAGGGGCACCCUGACAAGCUCUGCGACCAGGUCUCUGAUGCUGUGCUCGAUGCUUGCCUCGCUCAGGACCCCGAGAGCAAGGUGGCCUGUGAGACCUGCACCAAGACUAACAUGGUCAUGGUUUUCGGAGAGAUCACCACCAAGGCUGAGAUCGAUUAUGAGAAGAUUGUGCGUGAUACUUGCCGCGAGAUCGGGUUUGUGUCCGAUGAUGUAGGAUUGGACGCUGACAACUGCAAGGUCCUUGUUAACAUUGAGCAGCAGAGCCCUGAUAUUGCUCAGGGUGUUCAUGGUCAUUUGACAAAGAGGCCGGAGGAGAUCGGUGCCGGUGAUCAGGGCCACAUGUUUGGGUAUGCCACCGAUGAGACCCCUGAGUUGAUGCCACUCAGCCAUGUCCUUGCAACUAAACUCGGAGCUCGGCUCACCGAGGUCCGAAAGAAUGGGACUUGCCCUUGGCUUAGGCCAGACGGCAAGACUCAGGUCACGGUUGAGUACUUCAAUGAUAACGGUGCCAUGGUCCCGGUCCGUGUCCACACCGUUCUCAUCUCUACCCAACACGAUGAGACCGUCACAAACGACGAAAUCGCCCGUGACCUGAAGGAACAUGUGAUCAAACCCGUGAUCCCGGAGAAGUACCUUGAUGAGAAGACCAUUUUCCACCUCAACCCUUCAGGCCGUUUCGUCAUAGGCGGGCCUCACGGUGAUGCCGGGCUGACCGGACGUAAGAUCAUUAUCGACACAUACGGCGGGUGGGGCGCUCACGGGGGCGGCGCUUUCUCCGGGAAAGAUCCUACAAAGGUGGACAGAAGUGGGGCCUACGUGGUCAGGCAAGCAGCCAAGAGCAUUGUCGCCAGCGGGCUUGCCAGAAGGUGCAUUGUGCAGGUGUCCUACGCCAUUGGCGUGCCAGAGCCACUGUCUGUGUUUGUGGACAGCUAUGGAACCGGAAAGAUUCCGGACAAGGAAAUCCUGAAGAUCGUGAAGGAGACCUUUGAUUUCAGGCCGGGGAUGAUCGCCAUCAACUUGGACCUCAAGAGGGGCGGGAACAACCGGUUCUUGAAGACCGCCGCGUACGGGCAUUUCGGCCGAGACGAUGCCGACUUCACAUGGGAAGUUGUGAAGCCACUCAAGUGGGACAAGCCUCAAGAGGCUUAAGUCAAAAUGGACAUGGCUGGUCCUUCCCAUCAUCUUCCACAAAACACACCUUUAUCAACCCUUUUUCUUUAGUGUGUUACUAGUGUUGCAUGGAUUGAUUGAUCCUCCUGUCUGUUUUCUUCUUCUUCUUCUUCUAUGUUUGGGUUUUUGGUUUUAAACAUUAAUUAUGUGUUGUUGUUGUUAAACCAUAAGUAUGAUUGAUUAUACAAGUGUCGUUUGGCUUGUACUUUUCUAGAUUUUAGUAAUGGUAAGCAGCUUUACUUAAGACUUAAAAGCACCUGUGACUAUGCCUAGUGAUGAAAUGGUUU